CAAUUUUUAGUCUUUGACAAUCUCAUGUUACGAUUCAUACAAGACAGCUGCUUACGCACAGGAUUUCUUCACAAAUUUAAUUUUCUGACAUCCCAGUUGUUUAUAUUUUCCAAACCUGAGGUGUGCUUUCAUUACCAACUUCCCCGUCAAACACUUUCUGAAUGCUGUUCAUUGUCCUCUUACAUCCUAAAGCUUAUUCACAGUAGAAAGAAAAAAUGUCCCUGCUCAUCCUGAUUGCUUUUCAACUGUUUCUGGAGGUUAAGACACAAGGUUUGCCUAAGGCCAAGCUUACAGUAUCUCCAGCAUCUGUUACUGAUGGAGAGAUGCGUUUUGUCUGUGAGGGGUUUAAGAAACGAAGAGUAUCUGAAUGCAUGUUUUACCCAUCAGGACGGGUGAAUUUAAGUAUGCCAAGUGCAUCAUGCAAUAUCUCCAUUACCGCCUCUGACCUGUUGGCAUGGUCUGGAGAUCAUGAGAGUUCACAUGUGAACAUAGUAUGUUACUAUACUGUCUCUAAAUCAGGAAAACACACAAUAUCACCUCAUUCUGAUGAAGUAUCUGUAAGGGUCAGAGGUUUGGACAACAGUUCAACCAUGAUGUUUUCCACCACAACCUCUCAAGACGGGGGUUUCUCAACAGGUUCGGCUGUCACAUCAUCUGUGUCACCAAUCACUGAAAACAGUUCAACCAUGAUGUUUUCCAGCCAAACCUCUCAAGAAGCUUUGCCCACCAUGUCGACUCAAUUCACUACAGACAUAACAUCUUUUGCUGUGACAUCCAGUGCUGAAACCACAUCAGAUCCAAUAACUAACGCAUCCAGCCUUAUAACUCGUAACAGACAUGUUAUAACGGAUCCUGCAAAUAAAGCCACUGAACCCAACAAGAACUUCAAUACAAAAAUGUUGUUCUCUAUUAUGGUGGCUGCCGCCGGUGGUGGUCUUGUUCUGGUUGGACUCAUGGUCAUCUGUAUGUACAGAUGUAAAAGAAGGCAGAGGGCAGAGAGAAUUUGGUUCGAGUCGACCAUUAAAAAACGCGGAGGCGUUCCCAUACCAAAGGUCGGUUCAGGAUCUUGUGGAGAUGAAGGAGCAGUGUAUUACUCCAAUAUCGAUGUUUUACCAUCCACCGCUGAACCCUCAGGAAUCAAAGAGGAACAAUCAAAACAAACUGAGGUUGAAUUGAAUCACCUGUACUCCACACUUACCCAACCAGCCAUCAAUGACAACGGUAAUAUUUACAGCGAGCCAACGCCCCAAUGACAGAGCUCAGAUCUGCCUGCUAUCAUUGUAAUGUGUGCCAAAAUUAAUACAACUUUAUUUUAAACUGGAUGUAAUAAGUAUUUACUGUGAAUGCAGUUGUUUAUAAACACUGCUGUUAUACAUUUGUUUAUUUAUCUUCAGCAAAAAUAAUAUUUUUAAAAAUGUCCUUUUAAAUAUUUUUUUCUUAAUGUCAUUAUAUGAGACAUAUGACUCAUGACUUUCUUGACCAUGUGAUCAUAUUCACCUGAUGCUGAGAUCUCAUCUCAUUUUUACCCUGGUGUUUUAGUUCCCUCUGUCUUUCUCUAUUCCUCAAAAUACUGUUACGUAAACCACCUUUCUUUUGUUUCGAUGGUCUCAUUAUAAAAAUACUGCCCAUUUGUUAUUUUUCCUGCAUUUCAC